AGAUGUAAGCGUUAAUGGCUGCAACCAGGUCACAUGCAGCACCUCCAAAGUUUCCAACCUAUAACGUGUCUCCCUUUGGGAACAGAUCCUCAACUCACUCCACAAUAGCAGGAUACCACUCCAAGACCCUUCCACUACUCAUUUCAUUUUCCUCUUUCUCCCUUUUCUUCUUACACCAAUGCCUCUCUAAUGCAAAAUCAAUGAAUUUGGAUACCAAAUUUUCCUGAUUCUUCCUAUUUUGAAAUAAAUUCCUGUUUCCAGACACAGAUCAAAAUGGAUAGGCGAAGAGUGUACGAAAGGCAGAACAGCUCUUCCGGGACGCCGACGACGCCUUCCUCGCCGGGGAGCACGAUAACGCCAGUGAACCGCCACGCGCGUACAGGUUCCACUGGCUCCGCCAUGGCUGGUAUCCGAAGAGCACAGAACAAUGCCACCAAGGCCGCCGCACAGAGACUCGCACAGGUCAUGUCGCAAACGGACGACAAUGGGGAAGACGACGAUGACGUUCCUCUCGACUACUCCUCAAUCACCGGCGCCGGAGGCAUUGGCCUCGGCGGUGGAAGACCGAUGCCAAGUCGCUCUCCCAUGGCAGUUCGUAGCGUUCAGGACCCAGCAGCGUCUGCAAGGUCCCGGUCACCGAUGUCAGUUCGCUCUCUUCAAGAUAAAAAUCCAUCUGCGAGAUCACGUUCUCCUGCGCCAGUUCGCCCCACGCAAGAUCCUACACUAUCCGCUAGAUCUCGAUCCCCAGCGUCAGUUCGCGCUGUUCAAGAGCAGCCACAAUCUUUGAGAGCCACAUCUAACGUUCGAUCAUCUCCCGUUUUAAAUGCUCUUCCUGCUGAGCAGACACCCACAGUACUGAGUAACGCAGAACAACCACCUUCUGCUCGUUCGGCGUCGGGAAACCGAUCCUUGGACUUUUCUCCCUCUUCUCGCGCUAUGAUAUCGACACGGUCAACUCAACCCAGUAGCGCGAGCAUUGAUCAACCUCCCUCUGCUCGCUCAACCGCGGGUCGUCCCAGUGGACUUUCUAAGGUGGUUCCCAUGGUGCCUCCCAGUGUACCUAUCACCCUUAGACCAGCCUCUUCUGCUGGUGUUCCACCCUCAGAGCCUCUUACUGAUGUUAGAAAAGACAGAAGAUUGUCUCUUGAUCUGGGUAGUAUGAAGGUAAGAGAGGCCAAUCAGCAGCAACGUCCUACUAAUGAGCUUGAAGACGAGCUUGAUAUGUUACAAGAAGAAAACGACAAUUUGGUUGAAAAGGUUCGACUUGCAGAAGAGAAGUUUGAGGAAUCUGAAUCAAGAGUCAGGCAACUAGAACAACAGGUUGCUAAUCUUGGCGAAGGUGUAACUAUGGAGGCUCGCCUUUUGGCCAGGAAAGAGGCAGCACUGCAGCAAAGAGAGGCCGCUCUGAAAAAUGCUUCAAAGAAGCUUGAAGGUUUUCAAGCGUCGGAUGCUGAGGACGAGGCGACGGUUGCUUUGGAAAAGCUACGGCUUAUGACUCAACGAAUGAUACUCAACGCGGAAGAAAUGGAAGAGGUUGCUUUAAAGAGGUGUUGGCUAGCUCGGUAUUGGGGUUUAUGCGUUAAACAUGGUAUUCAUGCGGAUAUUGCUGAAGCAAAAUACAAAUACUGGUCUAUGUUCGCCCCGAAUCCCGUUGAAGUUGUAUUAGCAGCAGGAGAGAAAGCUAAAGCGGAAGCAGACCUCGAUGUAGAGGAUACAGAAAAUCGACGUGAUAUAAAGGAACUUUCAGGAGAGGGAAACAUUGAGAACAUGCUUUUUGUCGAGCAAGGAUUGCGACAAUUGGCUUCACUAAAGGUAGAGGAAGCAUUGGCGUUUGUAUUGGCUCAACAUAGGCGACCAAAUGUGUUAAGAUUUGGCUUUUCAGAUGACCUAAAACUACCAGUUGAAGGGCAGUGUGAUGCAUUUGAUUUGAGUAAGGAGGAGGCUGAAGAUGUAUCUUUUAAACAGGCUUGGCUUGCUUACAUUUGGAGGAGAGCAAAAAAUCAUGAAAUAGAGCCUGACAUAGCAUACGAGCGUUUGCAGUUUUGGAUCAAUCAUAACUCAAAGAUUCCUAAUUCACAAGAUGCCGUUGACGUUGAACGUGGACUUGCCGAAAUCAGAAGGUUGGAUAUUGAAACGCAACUAUGGGAUGAAUCACGCAGAGAGCUGGAGCAAGAUGCUGACAACUCCAACGUGCCCGGUCGGUCAGACUUUUAAUAUAUUUAAAUUAGGUUACAACAUUUACUUUUUCACAUUUUUAAAUGGGUUUUGUAAUUUAGUUAAUCAAGAGUUGGAGUAAAAUAGGCUUUAAU